AUGGCUCCUGCCUGGUAUACCUCCCUCCCCAGGGCCACAACCCUUACACAACCACGCCCUCACAGACCAGGAGCCACAACCCUUACACAACCACGCCCUCACAGACCAGGAGCCACAACCCUUACACAACCACGCCCUCACAGACCAGGAGCCACAACCCUUACACAACCACGCCCUCACAGACCAGGAGCCACAACCCUUACACAACCACGCCCUCACAGACCAGGGCCACAACCCUUACACAACCACGCCCUCACAGACCAGGAGCCACAACCUUUACACAACCACGCCCUCACAGACCAGGAGCCACAACCCUUACACAACCACGCCCUCACAGACCAGGAGCCACAACCCUUACACAACCACGCCCUCACAGACCAGGAGCCACAACCUUUACACAACCACGCCCUCACAGACCAGGAGCCACAACCCUUACACAACCACGCCCUCACAGACCAGGAGCCACAACCCUUACACAACCACGCCCUCACAGACCAGGAGCCACAACCUUUACACAACCACGCCCUCACAGACCAGGAGCCACAACCCUUACACAACCACGCCCUCACAGACCAGGAGCCACAACCCUUACACAACCACGCCCUCACAGACCAGGAGCCACAACCCUUACACAACCACGCCCUCACAGACCAGGAGCCACAACCUUUACACAACCACGCCCUCACAGACCAGGAGCCACAACCCUUACACAACCACGCCCUCACAGACCAGGAGCCACAACCCUUACACAACCACGCCCUCACAGACCAGGAGCCACAACCUUUACACAACCACGCCCUCACAGACCAGGAGCCACAACCCUUACACAACCACGCCCUCACAGACCAGGAGCCACAACCCUUACACAACCACGCCCUCACAGACCAGGAGCCACAACCUUUACACAACCACGCCCUCACAGACCAGGAGCCACAACCCUUACACAACCACGCCCUCACAGACCAGGAGCCACAACCCUUACACAACCACGCCCUCACAGACCAGGAGCCACAACCUUUACACAACCACGCCCUCACAGACCAGGAGCCACAACCUUUACACAACCACACCCUCACAGACCAGGAGCCACAACCCCUUUUUGAGAAACGAAGGAAGAGCGUCAGGAGAAGAUAG